AAUACACAGGGAGGUGCAGCCAUCCAUAAGUUUCACGACUUCGUUUCAACAAUUUUCUCACCAGGAACUAAGUUAGGACAGCUUAAAUCAACCUGCAGACAAGGGCACUGAAUGAAUUAAGUUCUAGAAUCGAAUUGAAACAAAAUAAUUUCAACGCUAUAUGAGAAUAUUAAGGCUAAAUACAUGUGAGCCAGUUCUUUGGCAGUAUGGAUGACGUGACUAAAACUUUACACAUGGCAGUAUCGACGGGGAAGAUUAAUGAAGUAACAGAAUUGAUCCAAAAGGGUGCUAAUGUGCAUGAAGCAGACGAACAUGGAAACACGUGUUUACAUAUUGCAGUGAAGAACGACCAAAAGGACACAUUUGAGUUUCUCAUUAAACAUGGUGCUGAUGUCGAUAAGCCCGGGUCAAAGGGGAAAACACCCUUACAUAUUGCUGCCUCACUGGGGUUUCUUAAGGUAACAGAAAUUAUUCUCCGACAUGGAGCCCAUGUGAAUAGAGGGAAUAACACCGGUUGGACUGCAUUGCAGUAUGCAGCUGGGAAUGGUAAGAUUGAAGUUACCCAAUAUCUCAUCAGUCAAGGAGCUGAAGUUAAUAGAAGGAAUGAUAAUGGAUGGACUGCAUUACACGCUGCAGCUGUAAAAGGUCAUUCUGAUGUAAUCAAAUAUCUCAUCAGCCAAGGAGCUGAAGUUAAUAGAGGGAAUGAAUCUGGUAGGACUGCAUUACACAUUGCAGCUGAUAAAGGUCAUCUUGAUGUAAUCAAAUUUCUCAUCAGUCAAGGAGCUGAUGUGAGUAAAGGGAAAGUUCAUGAAUGGACUGCAUUACACAGUGCAGCCAAGAAUGGUCAUCUUGAUGUCAUCAAACAUCUCAUCAGUCAAGGAGCUGAAGUGAAAAAAACGGGAUAGUAUUGGAAGGACUGCAUUGCACACUACAGCUGAGUAUGGUCAUCUUGAUGUAACCAAAUGUCUCAUCAGUCAUGGAGCUGAAGUGAAUAAAGGGAAUGAUAAUGGUUGGACUGCAUUACACAGUGCGGCUGAGAAUGGCCAUCUUGAUGUAACCAAACAUCUUAUCAAUCAAGGAGCUGAAGUGAAUAAAGGGAAUCUUGAAGAAUGGACUGCAUUACACAUUGCUGCUAAGAAUGGUCAUCUUGAUGUAACCAAAUGUCUCAUCAGUGAAGGGGCUGAAGUGAAUAAAGGGAAUGGUAAUGGAUGGACUGCAUUGCACAGUGCAGCUAAGAAUGGCCAUCUUCAUGUAAUCAAAUAUCUCAUCAGUCAAGGAGCAAAGGUCAACAAAGGAAACAUUACUGAAUGGACUGCAUUGCACAAUGCAGCUAAAAAUGGCCAUCUGGACGUCACCAAAUAUCUCAUCAAUCAAGGAGCUAAAGUGAACAGAGGUGAUAUUAAUGGCUUGACUGCUUUACACGAUGCAGCAGUGAAAGGUCAUUUUGAUAUCAUCAAAUAUCUCAUCAGUCAAGGAGCCGAAGUGAAUAAAGGUGAUAAUGGUGGCUUGACUGCAUUGCACAAUUCAGCUAAGAAUGGCCAUCUUGAUGUCAUCGAAUAUCUCAUUAGUCAAGGAGCUGAAGUGAAUAUUGGGAAUUGUACUGGUCGGACUGCAUUACACAUUGCAUCUCGAAAAGGUCUUCUGGAUGUAAUUGAACAUCUCAUCGGUCACGGAGCCGACAAGAAUAAAGGAGAUGUGGACGGCUCGACCGCAUUACACAGAUCAGCUGAAAAUGGUCAUCUUGAUGUCGCCAAAUAUCUCAUCAGUCAAGGAGCUGAAGUGAAUAGAGGGAAUAAUACUGGUCAGACUGCAUUGCACCUUGCCGCUGCAAAUGGUCAUCUUCAUGUCACCCAAUGUCUAAUCAAUCAGGGAGUCGAGGUGAAUAAAAAAGAUGGUGAUGGUCAGACUGCAUUGCUCUUUGCUGUCCAGGAUAGCCAUGUAGAAGUCUUCGACUAUCUGAUAAGUCAAGGAGCUAAAGCCGACUGGGGAAUCGCUGAUAGUUGUGCAAAAUUACUCUCUGCUGUUCGCCCUGGUAUUGUUCCUACUCACCUUGCUCCAGAAGCACGCCCUGAAUUAGACGACAUCCACGGAACAACUCCUCUAGAGCUGUCUUUGCUACUUGGAUAUCAAAACAUCGCUAGGUUUCUACUCACAUGUUCCCCGUCUGAGGUCACCAAGAGUUAUUUUCAUCAUGCGAUAGAACACGGUCAUACUUCUGUUGUUGAGUAUCUAGUCAAUCAUGGAGCGGAUCUCAACCUUAAGUUUGCCUCGGCCAGACGUGUCUUCAUGAAGCAAUAAAACUUUGCGACAGGACUGAGAGAAAUGUACAAUAUUGUGACGCACUGAGAAAGAUCUCUGAUGAGUUUUACGGUGGAGAGCUUGCUCCUGAGAAAGCCUUAGUGUUCUAUCUCCUUGACAACGGAGCCCAGAUAGAUGUGAAAGACAAGUCAGGCAAACUCCCAAUCCAUUAUGCCAAAGAUGAAGUGGUCAGACAGAUGGUAUUGUCAAGAUUAAAUUCCCUUGAAGACAUCAAGUCUUAUCGAGUCAAACCGACCCGGUCUCCUGCAAGCCGCGUCAAAGCUCAAGGAAAUAUCUCCCAGGAAAUUGUUCUUGAGGACUUCGGUGUAUCAAUGUUCAUUCCAAAGGAGGCUGUACAUCAGGAUGGUUCACAGGAAAUCCUGCUCACCCUCCUGCGGGACCCCCCAAUCGUAGACAUCCAAGAUGAUGAAUCCGUGGCCUGCUACGGGAUCAGAUGUGAUCCUCCAAACAUGGUAUUUCUCAAACCUGCUAAGAUUAGGAUACCACACGCAGCACUGGUUGCCAACCCAGAUGAAAUAAAGCCAGAUAUCUUGUCAAAUGAAUGGGAUUCAGUGAAAGAGCUGCCAAGAACCUCCAGAAGCACUUCAUCAAACUCUCCAGACAAGCCACCAUACUGCAAGGUUUACAAGAGACACCUUGAGCUGUAUAUCGACCACAGUGCUGAGUGGUGGGUUCUUGUUCCCCUUGAGCAACAUGUGAUUAGACAUCAAUUACUCUGCACACCAUAUAUUCCGGAUAGGAUAGAGAAAGGAAAGGAGACUGGAGUCCAUCUUCGAUUCCAUGCCAGUAUUCCUGGAAUAGAUAUGGAAACGCAAGAGGAGGAGAAGAAGCAGUGUUACCACAAGGCCCAUUCAUCUAUCCCCAUCAGUAUGGCCUCCAGGUCUGGUGAUGUCAAUGUGACAUGCUACCGUAGUGAUGAUGUCGUGGACAAGAAGGUACUUACACUCAAAGACAUUCAAAGUAGAAUGCAGCACCGAAUUGUUCUCCUAGUUCCUUCACGUGAAGAUGACACGGACUUUCCAGUUACCAUCAUUCUUACACAGUCUGGGAAACGGCGGGUCGAUGUUUCAGUAUCACUUGCCUUUGUUAUUAGAUGCUGUGAUGAUCAGAAUUUGGAACCCACUCUCUUUGCACGGGUGGUUGAAGAAGUUUCCAAAGGUGACCUGAAUGAAGAUGAUAUCCUCAACAUUGCUGAAAAGAUGACAGUGGAUCAGUUUUAUGAUUUAGGGGUUGCCCUCGGUUUCAAGAUCUCACAGCUGGAUUCUAUAGAAUACCAGAGAAACAGAGACAGACAGCAGGCCUCAUAUGACAUGCUAGCAAGAUGGCAGCAGACACAAACCUCUGUUCAAGCAGCAAAGGAAGAACUUAUCACAAUCAUGAAAACUCUGGAUUCCCCUACUGAAGGCAUAUGUGCACUUGAUACAAGUUCUGUCAGUGAAAUCCCAGACAAGACGCUUCUCGAUUUAUCCAGAAAGAUAAAGCCAGAGAAGUACUUCGAGACUGGAAGAAAACUUGGUCUCUCGAAGGUAGAGCUUGAACACAUAAGACACCGGACAUUUUCUAACAGGAGGGAAACCAAUAUCCAGAUGCUUUCCACAUGGAAAUCAUCACAGCCGCCCGGAGAAAAGGCAGUAGAGACUUUGAAACUUGUUUGGGAUUCUGUCCAAUCAGUAACAAAAUCUGAGAAUAGCGAAGAAGACGAAGAUACUUCUACGGUUCUCAAACAGGUUGUUGUGGAAAGAGCCAAGCAAAAUGAACUCGAACAAGAACAAUUAAAGAUCAUUGACUUUUCAGAAACGGAUGACUCAAGUGGUUCUUCGUGUAAACAUGCAGAAAUCCAUGAGGAUCUUGAUAAACACGGUGGAAUACCAAGCACAGAAGAACUUUGUAACGUGGCUCGUCAUAUCAAAACAUUACAAACAGCACGUUCACUUGGGAAAGCACUUCGUAUCGAUGACAUCACCAUAGUUAGUUACGUCACUCAGCAAAGCCAUUCAUUACUGCAUGAGACAGCGCAGCAGAUCCUACGAAUGUGGGAGGAUGGCUUACAAGAAGAAGUCAAGAAAGUUGAACUUCACAAGUUAUUGGUGAAGUACAACCUUUCUGGUGACAAACCAGGAGGUUUCACAGAAAUAGCAAAACUCAUUCGAUCUGAGGCAGAUCUAGUAGGCUUAAUUCAUCAUUUGGAUGUACAACCUACUAGCGUCUUGGAGGUCAUUAAGACAUCUGCAGCUCUUACACCCCACAUGAUUAUUCCUGUUGCCCUAAAAAUGCUGAUAGAAUGGUCCAAGAAAGGAACCAGGGAGAGGCUUGUGGCAAUAGCUCAGGCUUUUCGCUUCCGUGGCGUAGACCUUUUAGUAAAAGGUCUGGCAUGUCAUUCAAGCUAUCAAUAUUUCAUCUCAUAUGGCAUCAUUGAUCAUAAGGGAGGGAAGCUGACCCUCGAUGUACUUGGGAUUGCUGUAUCCAUUCCUAAAGGGGCUAUUCCAAAAGGAAUGCUAUCAACUGCCACCCUUCGCGUAUUAUUUCGAAAUAUUCGUAGACUUCCAAUGCGCGACGACGAAGUACUUAUUACUCCCGUCAUAGAGACUUCUCUCACACAAGAACUUCUCAAGCCGGCAUCGAUAGUACUACCACACUGUAUGGGUUUCAAGAACGACUAUUCUACCUUAGUAAUGUACACCAAGACAAGACAAGGAAAAUUCGGUCGCAGAAUACUGACUGGGGACGAUUUGCGAAUCUCAAAAUCUACGAUCGAGUUUUGUACACGUCAUAUUGAAGUUUUGGCUGUGUGUUCAACGGAUCUUCGAGAUCUUCAACUAACAUGCUUGGUCUUCCAGCCUACUAUGAAGUCACCAGCAGACCAUCCAUCUCUACGCGUGUACGUCAUUCAUCCAUAUAAGGCAUAUACCCAGGAUAUUAUCAUGAAGGAACUGACUUCGUCUGUACCUUACUGCCAAGUCGAGAAGGAAUUCAAGUUCUCUAUUGGCUCAAAAUCAAAGCACCUAACGGUUAUUUGUCAUGAAGAGACGAAGCAACAAAACCAAAUGAUACCCCUCAGCGGUGUAUUGAAUGGCCAGUGCAGCCCUGUCGUAUUCAUGCUUCAGUUUACCCCAGAAGAAAAUGGGAAGAAGAAUAUUCGCAUUGCAAUAAAGGAAAGAGACGAGCCCAUAUCCGAUAGAGAAUUCAACGUAGCUAUAGAAGAUGAACCGGAUUACACGACCAAUCGCAGGGUUUCAGAAGGACGAUGGAGCUGCUUAUCUAACAAUCUUAUCGAAAGCCUGGCUGACGUGAUUCCCAAGCAAAGUGAUGCAAACUCCCUUGGCGGCUAUCUUGGUUUCUCAGAGUCAACCGUAGAGCAAUACCUCGAUCGGUCAGAUUCUUCUAAGAAAUGUUCAAGAUCGGGGUUCGUUGAGAUGCUAAGUGAUUGGAGACGAAGAGUCCGACCUAGUGAGCAGGUAGAGGAGCUUCAUCGAGCCCUGAAAGAUGCUGGUCUGACAUAUGUAACAUACACUAUCCUGCAUGGAGUGACUGGCUCAUCUAGGCCUACCGUUCCUCAGCGCGUGCAAAAACUUGAGUCAAAGAAAUAGAAAACGACAAUUCCGUUGACCUCCAGACUCUUAAGCCGUUAACUCAAGAAUUGGAUGGUCACUGUACGAAGCCUAUGGAAAUUCGAGAGUCCAGAGCCAGCGGGUUAACCUGAGGAUCUCUGAAGUUAUAACUCACCUAUUAAUUUCAUCUAAUACAGAUCAUUCACAUCGAAAUGUGACAUAAUGUUAAUAUCAGAGCACAUGUUCAUGAUUUGAAGGGGCGAUUAUCUUUCCAAAAAAUAUAAUUUUAAUAACAUUAAUGACAACAAUCAUGCCAACCACAGUAGGCCUAGUUAUGUAGUAUUGGUAGUGGUAACAUCUACAUUUUAUACAUUUUCUAUCAUAUUUUGAAACAUUAUUAUAUAAUAUGUCGAAGAAAACACUAUUAUAUCAGGCGGAUAAUUGAAGUUUUACAGAGAUUACACAGUGUGAACACCUCAUGCGUGCGUGAGCCCAGAACUUCAGGCUUUCUUCCCAUUCUCUAUCUAGUCAUUGUCAUAUACCAUGAUUGAUUGAUUGAUUGAAUUUAUUCUUCUUCAUUUCAAACAAAUUUACAAAGUAAGUAGGAAAUGAUCAGAAUGUGAAUAACAGAAAAGAAAAAGGGAACUCACUGGAAAGCAUCGCUUCUUUAUGUGAGUCCCUGAAAUAAUUAAAUGAUUUCAAUUUAUUAAACACAUACACCAUGUACAACUCGCUGU